GUCACACUGCUCCAGGAAACAGUCUUAGGAGGCUGUGGAGACACAGGGCUGCCACCUCUCUUCAGAAUUCACAAGAAUUGAUCAGAAGGAGAAGAGCAGCGACAUGAAAAGCCGGAAGUCUGCCAAGGAGAGACAGAAGCAAGAAGAAUGGAGUUAAGCCAGGCGGUGUUGGCUCACGCCUUUAAUCCCAGCACUCGGGAGGCAGAGGCAGGCAGAUCUCUCUAGUUUAUUUUCGUUGGACUCCCGUGGCCAGACUGUACUCUUCCAUUUUCUUGGAAGAUGAAAGAAAGGAACCAUGAGUGAGCCACUGGACAGUCCAGUCAACGAUUCUGACUUCCUGGAUUAUGUGGCUGCUUUGGGAAACUGCACUGAUGAGCAGCAAAUCUUAUUCAAGAUGCAGUACCUUCCUGCCAUCUACAGCAUCAUCUUUCUUGUGGGCUUUCCAGGGAACACAGUGGCCAUUUCCAUCUACAUUUUCAAGAUGCGACCCUGGAAGAGCAGUACCAUCAUCAUGCUGAACUUGGCCUUGACAGACCUGCUGUACCUGACCAGCCUUCCUUUCCUCAUCCAUUAUUAUGCAAGUGGUGAAAACUGGAUCUUUGGAGAUUUCAUGUGCAAGUUCAUCCGAUUUGGCUUCCAUUUUAACCUCUACAGCAGCAUCCUCUUCCUCACCUGCUUUAGCAUCUUCCGUUAUGUUGUGAUCAUUCACCCGAUGAGCUGUUUUUCUAUUCAGAAAACUCGAUGGGCAGUGGUAGCUUGUGCUGGGGUGUGGGUCAUUUCUUUGGUAGCUGUCAUGCCAAUGACUUUUCUGAUCACAUCAACGACCAGGACCAAUAGGUCUGCUUGUCUUGACCUCACAAGUUCUGAUGACCUUACUACUAUCAAAUGGUACAAUCUCAUUUUGACGGCCACCACUUUCUGCUUGCCCUUGGUGAUAGUGACACUUUGCUACACAACAAUUAUCAGCACCCUGACUCAUGGGCCUCAGACCCACAGCUGCUUUAAGCAGAAGGCUCGAAGGCUGACCAUUCUGCUACUCCUAGUGUUCUAUAUAUGUUUUUUACCCUUUCACAUCUUGAGGGUCAUUCGUAUCGAAUCUCGCCUGCUUUCAAUCAGCUGCUCCAUUGAGAGUCACAUUCAUGAAGCUUACAUUGUUUCUAGACCCUUAGCUGCCCUCAACACCUUUGGAAACCUGCUGUUAUAUGUAGUGGUCAGCAAUAACUUUCAGCAGGCAUUCUGCUCCAUAGUGAGUUGCAAAGCCAGUGGGGAUCUUGAACAAGCAAAGAAAGAUAGUUGCUCAAACAUCCCUUGAGUCGUGUCAUUUAGUCAAGGGCAGGGAGAUAUCUCAGUGGGUAAAGUUCUUGACAUGCAAAUGUGAGGCCCUGAAAUAGAAUUUUCAGCAUCUACUUAAGUUGGGUGUGGUAGUGAGCACCUGUAGUCCCAGGACUCCUAUGGUGAGACGGAAAUGGAGACAGGAGAAUUUCUAGAGGCUCAAGGGCCAGCUAGCCAACUGUACACUGUGACUAACCUCAAAGAAACCUUGUUUCCAACAAGAUAGAAGGGGAGGACCAAUGUGUGAGGUUGUCCUUUGAGCUCCACAUGCACACUGUGUCAUGUAUUCACCUCUCUCCCUACCACACAAGUAGGAACAUAUCAUUCACACACACACACACACACACACACACACACACACACACACACAUCAAAUAUUGAUCAAUCAAUCAAUCAGUGCCUCCUGAUAAUUUAUAUAUAACUUCCAAGAAGUUCCCCCCCAGUAGAACUCUAAGUAACUACAGUAUAUUUAGGUUGUUAUGGGCUGGACUCUUAGGAGAUCUUUGUGAUAUGUUUAUUUAGAUCUUUGUUUGGGUAGAGGAUGAGAUACAUGAGUGUCAAUAAAGUAUUGAUGUAUGACACCAAGCAAACUAGAAGGAAACAAAAGCCAAGGGUAUCCUUUCAUACCUAGCUUCCUGUCUUUCAGCCUUUGGGGCCUGUGUUCAAUGAAAUCCUAAAUAAUCCAAAAGCACCACUGUGCCUUUCUCAAUAUUUUUACAUCUCAGAUAUUUACAACUUCCUUUCAAUUUUCUUUGACAUUAGUGCUCUGAGUUUUCCUCUCAGUACUGGCUAGUUCUUUAGAUGGAAGAACUAACUGAAAGAGAGCUGGGGGGAUGUCUCAGUCAGUGAAGUGCCUGCUGUGCAAGUCUGAAGGCUUGAGUUUGGUCCCCAGAACCUGCACAUGGAAGUGAGGUGCAGUGGCAUGCACUUGGAUUCCCAGCUCGGGGCGGCAGGAACAGGCAGGUCCUGGGGCUGCUGCCCAGCCAGCCUAGCUGACUUGGGUCCCAGCACAAUGAGAGAUUCUGACUCAAAAAUGGAGGUGUCUAGCUCCUGAUGAACCACACCGAGAUUUUCCUCUGGACUAUGUCUUCUCUGUAUCUUAACAACUGUUGAAUUUAUAAAUCACACUAAGUUUUAUUGGCAAUUGUCAACAUGUCCUUGGGAAAGAGGAGACAUAUUGAUGAAAUAUAAAUGCUUUCAGAUAUCCUAUAUUCAGUAGGUAUGUCAAAUCUAACGCUGCUUUGGUUUCCAGGGAGAGUUCUCCAGGAAAGACUCUCUUUGGAUAUCUUUAUCCUUUAUACUAACAAUGAAGAUAAUGUCUGUAGAAACAGUUAAAGUUAUUCUUGGAUUAUGUGUGUGCUUAAUUAUCAGUAAAUAUAAAUAUUUGAGAAAAUAACUGGGCUAGAUAUUUUAAAACCUAAUGAAUGUGUUGAUACAAUAAUAAACUUUAGAAAAAAC